AUGUCAGCCAAACUGGCGCCCGCGGAGUUCGGGUUCAAGACGGAUGCAGAACUCGAAAAAAUGCUCCUGUCCAGGAGCAUUCUUCUGCCUUGGGUCCAAUUUCGGGAUCAGAACCACCAAUCGCUUCGAUCCCCCACAAGUCCCAGGCUCCAAACUAUCAUCGACAAUGCAAGCCCUCAGCAUUCCCUGAUCAUGGCGGCCUUGCAAAUAACUGCUGCGUCAAUCUAUGACUGGCCCGAGGAGAGUGAACUUGCCAAGUGGACUAUCGAGACCCACUUCGAAUGUGUGGUUUACAAAAUCUGCAAGAGACUUGCUCGGCCCAAUGAACCCUUCCAAAAGGCUUUCUUCGGUGCGUGGCCGCGUCGCGACACGAAGGCAUAUGACAUGAGAGUCGGGAAAGUUGUGUCGGUCAUGAGAUUGGUCGUGUGGUUGAUCCAGUGCUACAUCGCCUCGUACAAUCAUAGGGAACCUUUUCAGCUUGUUCGACAGAUCGAACAUCUCUAUCCAUCUGCCAACUUGGAGAACUCCCCUAUUUUCUGGAUCCGGCGCCAGGCGGAACUUGGAAAGGCCAGCCGAAAGGACUUGCUCGUCAUUGUUGCCCAACUACUGUCUGAGGUAGCCACUAAACCAGAGCUCAUCGACUCCAUUAUGAAGUUGGAAGCAACCAAACAGACUCAACCACGCCCGACGGUCGAUCUCACGACGAUAAAGAAGGAUCCGAAGACUUAG